CACGAUGUAUACUACCCCGUGGACGUGGUGCUACUGUGCUAGAGACCGGUCACACUGGUGUCUGCUGCGUCAGUGUGAGCCAGUCUUUUACAGAGAGAGGUCAUGUCCAAUGUCGCUCUGAAACUCCAUUCGAAAAUCAUUUGUUACUGCGCCACCAAAGUGAUUUUGUGUGUCUUGUGAGUGAGUGUAAUAGAAGAGCGAGAGUUUGGUGUGUCUGUGUUCUGUAAAAAAAGAGACAAAACAACACACACACGGAUUGGAUGUUUGUUUCUCUCCAUUUUGAAAAGACUUGUGUGUUUCGCGUGCCAGUGUGUUUCCAUCUGACCAAUGUGUUUGUGAUUAGCCAACGACCAUCUCAAUCGUGAAACUGGAUUAAAACUGUGAGCCGGAUUAUCCUUUUUCUAUUAACAUCUUCUUUCUUUGCUCACACCACGUGUCUGCUGUGUCUGUGUGUGGCUGGCGAGAAAUACUUUUUUUUUUCCACCCCCGGAAUCGUGAAUUCAAAUUCACGAAAUUCAACUUGAAAUCGUGGAUUGGGAGUCGCCGAGGAUCGGAAGACUCCACCUGUCCUCCUACCUGCUGUUGGCCCUUGUUUUCUUUAGUCUACCGACAUAGUGAAUCCUGAGCGAGGAAUUUUUCUACCCCUUCGGACAGCCGCGUCACAGCAAUUGACCGCCAUUGGAAAAGUGACGAAAACGACACGACGAGAAUCAACCCAGUUUUCCAUUGUUUGCCUCCUUUCAUGGUAUCUCCUAUUAGCCUGAUAUUCGAGCAACCCAUCGCAACCGAUCUUCCAGUUUCGACACUCGGAUGACUUCAGUCGACCAGGUCUACCAGUCGUCUAGUCAACGCGCACCAACUGAGAACUUAAGGUUUAUCGUUUAUGUUCCCGUAAUUGCUGAACGAUUUGGCACGUCACUAUGGAAGAUUACCACGUUGAUCGAGCAGAUGAGUCGGUGCAGCUCAGUUCUGUGAGGAAUCGGGAAUCUGAGGAAUCGGGAACAUCACUUUGCGACCUUGCGUUUAUAGAGUCUGAUUCUUCUGCUGAUGAGUCAGUUGAUCCAGCAGAUGAGUCUGUUCAGUGUAUUUUUGUGAAGAAUCGGGAAGUGGAUUUAAAAACAUCAUUUUGCAACCUUGAGUUUCUAGGGUCUGACCCUUUUUCGAACACUACAGCUCUAGAUGAUUCAGUUGUUAGCUCAUCAAACGCUUCUAAUGUGGCCGCGUGCAAUACCAUUUACGUCAGCUGCAACUCAUCACGAACCAGUUCGAUCGCCACAGUUGAAGUUGAAGAAUACAGAUAUUCCGACACUAAAAAAGGAAUCGAAUUGGUCGAGUUGCGGUAUCCCCCGCUUUUGAAUAAGGAUUAUGUGGAUUCUGAUACAGAUGUUGGCCUGCAUGAAGCUGAGUGUAGUUAUUCUGACAAAAGAAAUUCUUGCAAAAGAAAUUCUGUCGAAUGGCGUGGAGAUUCCAUGGACUCUGAACUCUUUAACGAAGAAUUAAAAUCACGUGAAAAUAAGAGUCCUGGACCCAAGCCAAUUUACCUCCGGCAUUUGCCUCGGUUGCCCAUCAAAGCAAAAGAAGAACAACAACGAGAAGAACAACAAAAACAACCAGAAAAAGUGUAUUCUAAAGAACUUCAGACAUUAUUGGAUCACUAUCCGGGGCUAAUAGACGACAGAAAAACAGCUAAGGAUUUAGAUCGGGAGUUAGUUGAAUAUUUCAACAGUCUUGGCCCGGAUACACCAUUGAGAGCAAGAUUGAGAGAGGGUCAUGCGAAAAAAUCUUGUAAUUAUCUUCUGCUAGACCCGAGAGACACUCGUAACAUACCUUUAAACGAAUCCCAGGACGAAAAGAAAUUGUUCGAGCGUUUUCUAUGCGGUAUAUUCUACAUCGGUAAAGGAACAGAUACCAGGCGGAACAAACAUCUUCAUGAGGCAUUUCAUAAAUUUCGGUCUCUGCCACAGUCACAACCAUCACAAGCGAGCAAAAAAGAGGAGCGGAUCUUAGACAUCUGGAGGAAUGGAUUCGGAGUUGUUUCAAUUCCCGUCUUUCAUAACACUUUGGCAGAAGAGGCCCUCUGUCGCGAAGCCGCAAUGAUAGAAGCGAUAGGUCUUAGCACCAUCACGAAUAUAACGAAGGGAAUUUUCUAUGGAAGUUGUUGUAAGUUGUGGACGGAUUCAAGAAAACAACGCUGGGGAAGCCUUCUGCUUUAUAGAGCUUUCCACAUCUUUCUCCACGAAGGAGAGAGACAAAUCCGUCCAGGUGAUUUAUAGCAGCCUCUACCCAGUUCUGCAGUACGUACGUACGUACAACAACAAAGAAUAAGAUUUUCCGAAGUAGUCUCUCGUCUAAUAGUUACAUGCCUCCACCCUCCGUUCCUCCUUUCUUCCGUCCCUCCGUACUUUUCCUGCAGUACGUACGUACGUACAACAACAACAGUAUAAGAUUCUCCGAAGUAUUCUCCUGUAUAU